GAGAGACAGAGAGAGAGAGAGCGCCAGAGGGAGGGAGAGAGGGAGAGCUGGCUGUGCGCUUUGAGAAACUGCAGCAGCGGCAGAGCUGGUGUCGGAGCAAACAGGACUCAGGAUAUUUGCGCACCCCAGAAAAGACGCAGACUGCUCUCUCUCUCUCCCGCCGGCGGGGCGAUCGAGGCCUCCGUCUCCGUGGUGACCAUGCAGGACCCCCUCCCCCCCCUGCUGCUGCUGCUCCUGGUGCUGACCCGGCUCUCACAGCUGCGGGCGUUCCCCUUCAGCUCGUCCCUGGACCUGGACGUCACGCCGAGGACCACCGUCUUCUCCAGAGGUCUGCUGGGCAGCGCCCGCUUCUCCGGCUCUGCCCAGAACUACAGCUGCCUGCUGCUGGAGGAGGAGGCCGGCCUGCUCUACGUGGGAGGCAGAGGUGCUCUGUACGCGCUCAACAGCUCCAACGUCUCCACCGCAAACGCCGGCAUCGACUGGGAUGCGUCCCCAGAGCAGAAGAAGCAGUGUCUGAACAAAGGCAGAGACAAUCAGACUGAGUGUUACAAUCACAUCCGCUUCCUGCAGCGAUUCAACGAGACCCACCUGUACGCGUGCGGCACCAACGCCUUCAGGCCUCUCUGUGUUUAUAUCGACGCCGAGCGCUUCGCCUUCUCCUCGGGCUUCGAGGAGGGCCGGGACAGGUGCCCGUACGACCCGGCGAAGGGCUACACCGGCCUCCUCGCGGACGGUGAGCUGUUCACGGCCUCCCAGUACGAGUUCCGCAGCUCUCCAGACGUGCGCAGGAACUCCCCCUUCCCCACGCUGAGAACGGAGGAGGCCCCGACCCGGUGGCUGCUGGAGGCAGACUUCGUGGGCUCGGCGCUGCUGAGGGAGAGCGUCAACAGCUCCAUCGGCGACGACGACAAGAUUUACUUCUUCUUCACGGAGCGGAGCCAGGAGCAGAUCGCCUACCCGAGCCAGACCAAAGUGUCCAGAGUGGCCCGCGUGUGCAAGAACGACUGGGGCGGCCAGCGGACGCUCCAGAGGAAGUGGACGUCCUUCCUCAAAGCCAGGAUGGUGUGUUCGGUGCCAGAGUACGAGCUGCACCUCAACGUGCUGCGCGGCGUCUUCGUGCUGCAGGGCCGCGGCGCCCACGCCAGCGUUUUCUACGGCAUCUUUGGCCUGGAAUGGAAGAACAUCAAAGCUUCAGCCGUGUGCCAGUUCGCCCACGCAGACGUACAGAAGGCCUUCGAGGGGCCGUACAUGGAGGUGCAGGACUCCAAGUGGAGGGAGUACACGGGCAAAGUCCCCGAGCCCCGACCCGGUUCUUGCAUAACGGACGCGCACCGGUCCCAGGGCAUCAACUCGUCCCGGGACCUGCCGGACGCCGUGCUCACCUUCGCCCGGCGCCACCCGCUGAUGGCCACGCAGGUGCAGCCGCUGGGGGCGCGGCCGCUGCUCUUCAAGCGCAGCGUCAACUACGUGCGGCUGGCGGUGCACCGGGAGGCGGCGCUGGACGCGCGCGUCUACGCCGUGCUCUUCCUGGGGACGGACGACGGCUGGCUCCACCGGGCCGUGGACGUGGACGGGGAGGUGCACAUCGUGGAGGAGCUGCAGGUCUUCCAGGAGCCUCAGCCCAUCAUGAGCCUGGUGGUGUCGUCGGCGCUGCGCAGCGUCUACGUCGCCUCCCACUCCGGCGUGGUGCAGCUGCCGCUGUCGUCGUGCCGCAGGUACGCGUCCUGCUACGACUGCGUGUUCGCCCGCGACCCCUUCUGCGGCUGGGACGGGAAGGCGUGUGUGGAGGUGGCUUCGCGUCCACGGAGGUCGAACCUGACCCAGGACAUCGUGAGGGGGAUCCGGGGCUGCAGGGAGAACUCAGGAAACGUGAUCCAGCGCAGGCGCUCUGUGAUGUCCGGCGACGACGUCCUGCUGCAGUGUGAGCUGCGCUCCAACCUGGCAACCCCGCGCUGGACGCUGAACGGCAGAGAGCUCCAGGGCUACGGCCUCAGCGCGGGCUACCGCGUCGGCACCGACGGCCUGCUCAUAAUCGGCGCCCGGGUCCAGCAGAGCGGCUCCUACCGCUGCUUUGCCGUGGAGAACUCGGUCUCGGUUCUGGUUUAUCUCUACACAGUCAAGGUGCACACGGAUCCGUAUUUCCCCGCCGAGCCCACGGCCACCACCGACCUGGCGACCGUUUCGAGCCCAGCCGACGCCAGCACCAGCGGCCCGACGGAGCAGCCUUUGCCCUCGCCUCCCGCCCCCCUCCCCCCGGCGCCGGAGUUCCGCGCCUACCGGCACAUGGAGGCCGUGUACAUCUCCCUGGUGGCGGUUCUGGGAGGGCUGUGCUUGGUGCUGACCGUCGUGCUUCUGUAUGUGAGCUUCUGCACCAGACGAACCUCUCGGAGCCGCAAGUUCUCCCAUCAAGGGCUGCACGUCCUGGGGUCCUCGGACAGGAGGAGGAGCUCCCUCCUGGAGCUCAGAACCAUCUCCAGCCACUGCAACGGCCGCCAGGGCCGCCGCUCCAUCUCUGUGCCCACCUUUGGGGACAUCAGCGAUGGCUUCCUCCAGAUAGUUCCCGGUGAAGGCCAGAUGUCUCCCAGCAGAACGCCCCCUCCGGCGCCUCCGCUUCCGAUGCCACCGCCUCUUCCCAACGUGGACUAUGCCAACGGGCUGUCGGCCACGCUGCCCAGCGUGCUGAGGAAGAUGAACGGGAACAGCUACGUGCUACUGCGGCAGGCCGACCCGGACGGCAUGUCCCCGCUCUACCACUCCUUCACGGAGGAGCUCAACAGGAUCCUGGAGCAGAGGAAGCACACACAACUGGACCUGCAGCCAGACGAGAGCUCCAUCUAGGACCCCACAGCCUUUCCCCCUGUUAUUUAUUCGUACCCUGACAGUGACCCCUAGCUGUGGCGUCAAACACUGCUGUUAUGUUUCCAGUGCCAGAGGACCUGAAAACUGAAAUGUGAAGCCCCCUGCAAAUGACGAAUGGCCUACGGGUUCCCAAAAGUGGAGCUGUGAACAAUGGGCCGUAGACUGCACUGAUGAUGGAAGGAGGGAGCCUAAUGACGCUGUAGACUCUCUGGAGGCCUGUGAACGAUGGUCAGGUUGAAAAGGAAUUCAGGCCAGAAGGUGAUGGUGUGUUUCUGAGACUGUGCCAUGUAACGUUAGUCCCCUAGGAGCUCCAGUGAGGAGAGUGUAGUCUACCAGGCUGAAGGACAUCUGUCUGGACCUGAACGUGCUGUAGGCCGUGGGUGGAGUGUUCCUUCAGCAAGAGUGUUGAGACGAAUCCCACCGUCUAAUUUAUUGAAGACAAUCUGCCCUCGUUAUCUCGUGUAAAUAGCAAUAAUUACAACACUGCUGCAGCUGUUGGUAGCGGCGUGUUGUGCCAGUGCCAAUGGAAAAACACCUGUAGCGAUUUGUUCCUCGUGUCCUUCAGUUUUAAGCAUCUGUGAUAAAAGGGAUGGAGCCGUGGUCCAUUAAUGACGAGUGGUUGAAUCUGAUGAGAGGAAACCACGCAUGGCCGUAAAAAAGAUGCUUAUGUUUUAUAUUUAUACACCUAAAUAUGAAUUGUCCUUGUCAGACUGUGAUUUUGUUGUGUCCUGAGAUAAAGUUUCAUCUUAUGCCAGAUAAAAAACUGAAUAUGUUGCAUAGAGAGUGAAUGUUGGCGUUUUACUUCUUAAAUCCUAAUUUGUUGUUAAGGUUUAUUAAAGGCUGCUGGGGAGAGAAGACCUUCACACAUGGGGUCCCAAAGCCUCCACAGGGAUCCAGAGCAACGAGAGCUGCACAAAUGGAGACGUCAAGACAGCGAACAGUGUCUGAAACGCUCUCGGGGCGGUUUGGAAGCGUGUUAUGACCAGUAGUAAAUAAAGCUGCCGCUCCGGCGCAGUGUUGAAUCAGCUUCCGAGGCCACAGGAGCCUCUGAGGUAACUCGCAGCGGCAGCACUUGGCUCACGUCCAGCAGGAGAGGACGUGGAGGACUUCAUCUGCUUGCAGAGACAGAAAGAAAAGGCUGGACCGGCGCGUCCUGGUCAUGAGGAGCGAUGACGGGACCCGAUCUGAGUGGAAGCAGAUUGUGUCUGAUGAACGCUCACCUGGAUUCAUUUCCCACUCGCCUUCUGCCUCGUUCCUCAUCUUGCCCUUCUUUUCGCUCUGCAGCCAUUUGGAUCAGGUGUUUAUUUUAUUUUUUUAGACACGACCAGUGGCCUGGUUUAUUUUCAAGCAGAAACUUUUAUCCCACUUCACUGAUUCUCAGUCAGUAGAACCCAAACCCGUCCAUACCUGAGCAUGUACUUCUUCUGGGCUGUUUGACCCGUGUGACCCUCAUCCUCGUUCCUCCCCUCGCUCCUCCUCUCUGCCUCCUUUUUCCUCCAUCUCAUCCUCUGUUCACGAUGCUGUCAUCUAUUACUAGCUCUCUCUCAGCCACUCUCUCUGAAGGACCCUGUGAUUGUGUUGGCAAAGGCUGGAGCAACGAUUCUUAUUAAAAGCAAAGGAAACAUUAUCGAAUUAAAGUGUAAGUUAAAUAAAAGUAAAGAAAUAUACGUUUGCAAGUGAACAUUUUAAAAUCUCUGGCAUCCAUUGCUUAUGACCUGGCUUUGCACUGCACAUGUUUACUAAGGACUUUAGAUGAAAACGUGUCGGCACCAGUUUUCCAUUCAUCUUUUGUCACGGUGAAGCACUAAGCAACAGUACUCUCAUCCUGCUGCAGUCUGCAAGAUGUUUGAUUUUAUGCCCACGUAGAUUAUUUGUUGGCCAGAGAAUCGGAUGUAAAGAGUUUGUACUGUUCUUACAUAAAUUCUUCAGAGUCAUGUAGUAAAACCCCAGUAAACUGUGACUUUCCAUGA